AAAGAAAAAAAAAAAGAGUUCUUUUUCCUCUCCAAAGCACUGCCUUUGAUGUAUGGCAACUGAUCACUGAUCAGAUUACAGGCACUUGGUCUCAGUGCUCGUCUGCCUUUGAUCUGCAUGGUUAAUUUUAUUUUCCCGGAUUUGGAGUUUCGUCUGGGCUUGUGCUGACAUACUUCUUCUUCUUUUUUUUUUUUUUUUUAAGGAGGUAAAGGCAUUUAAUACAGAAGCUCUGGCAGUGUGAAAUUAAGUUGCAGAAAGCCUGGGCAUUGGAAGACUUCAUCAUAAAACAGGUUUAAUUGUAAGAAAUGGAUCCUAAAGGAUUACAAGGAGAAGACAAAUUGAAGAUGCUUAUAAUCUUACUAGCAUAUUUGCUAAGUAGGGUAAUUUGUGAGACUGGAGACUGCAGAGAACAAGAAUUUAGAGACCACACUGGGAAAUGUAUUCUCUGCAAACAGUGUGGACCAGGAAUGGAACUCUCAAAGGAAUGCGGCUUUGGAUAUGGGGAGGAUGCACAGUGCAUGACUUGCAGGCCAAACAGAUUCAAGGAAGACUGGGGCUUUCAGAAGUGCAAGCCUUGUCUGGAUUGUGCACUAGUUAACCGUUUUCAGAAGGCCAACUGUUCUGCCACCAGCAAUGCACUAUGUGGAGACUGUUUACCGGGCUUUUAUAGGAAAACCAAGCUUGGAGGCUUUCAAGACAUGGAGUGUGUUCCCUGUGGUGAUCCUCCCCCUCCCUAUGAACCCCACUGUACCACUAAAGUAAACCUUGUGAAGAUCCCAUCAACUGCUUCCAGUCCUCGAGACACUGCUCUAGCAGCAGUUAUAUGCAGUGCGCUUGCAACAGUGCUCUUGGCUCUUCUUAUUCUUUGUGUUAUCUAUUGCAAGAGGCAGUUCAUGGAGAAGAAACCAAGCUGGUCUCUGAGAUCACAAGACAUUCAUUACAAUGGGUCUGAAUUGUCUUGUUUUGAUAGACCACGGCUAAAUGAAUACAACCACAGAACAUGCUGCCAGUGCCAGAGAAGCACAUCACAGACCUGUGGGCCUGUUCAUUUGAUUCCUUCACUGUGUUGUGAUGAAACCUGCAGCAUGGAGCACAGCAGUCACAGUUGUGCUUUGCACUCACAGACUACACUUAAUGAAAGGGCUUCUGAUUCUGUUGGAGAAAUGAUUCCUGCCUUCCUUGGUUCUCUUUCACAUUCUGCUUGUGGAGACAUUUCAGAUGCUUGGCCUCUGAUGCAAAACUCAGCUUGUUGUGACAGCAUUUCUUUCUGUGAAUCAUAUUCAGAACUGGCUGGAGUUGCUGCAAAAUCCUGCAGUCUGGAGACUGAAAAUGCAAGUGCUGUUGAGUCAGAUAAUAACCAGGAGCUAAGUGAUGUACUUACUUCAGCUAAGUCUCCUGAUGGAAACAUUGCAAAGUCCUUUGAAAUAUCCAAGCAUAGAACAUAUAUAGAAGUUUCAUCACUUCAGAACUCAGCUGCUGCUGAAACUGAGCCAAAGUGUAAUGGAACAGCAGAUGACUCUACAGACUGAUAAAGAGGAAAGCAAGGUAUUUCUCUCAGCACCAAAACAUUAUGCUUCCCUAAUGCUCGUCUGCUGACUGUCAUCAAAUACAGCCUGGUCUUCGGUGUCACACGGUUUCAAAAUCAGCUGGAAAAUAAUGGCAUCAUUUCACACAAUCUAAGCAGUUGCAUCUGAGCCAUAACAGCUGUAAAGUGAAACUUUAAGGAGCAUCCUGGGAGAACCCUGAGAGUGGAUUUAUGAACAUUUGCAUCUCUUAUUAAAAAAGAACCUUUUAGUCCCUAAGAUUCUCAAGAAGUCCAAUGGAGUGAGCAUACAAAUGUAUGUAAAUAUAUCAAGAAAUACAAAUAUGUUAACGUGUUUACAUGGUUACCUUAAAUAUGGCUGCAGCUGUGAGAAGGCCUGGGACAAGACUUUGCCAGUUACUCUGCUUGCAGAUUUAUGCAUGCAUUUGAGAUUGUUUUCUGAUUCCAGUUUUUAACUCGGUUUCCUGCUGUUGAAGGACUUAAAAAUAAAACAUUUCUAUUUAUGUGAGGAUCAUCUAUUGAUAAACUGAAGCUUUUAUUAUAUAUUACAUUGUAGUCAAUAAGCUAGUUUGGGGAAUUACAAAAUUUGCAUGUUACAGAUGAUACAGUUGAAGUCCCUUUCACCCAAUUAUUUUGUUUGUGAGAGGGAACAUUGUUUUGCUCAAUGUAGCAGGAGAUUAGCUGUGCAUUAGGUUUAGUGAAAGUCAGCUGUAUAGAAAGGGAUGUUAUUUUGCUGGUAGUCCCACUGUUGGAACACAGCACUUGUUGUUAUAACGUGUAUUUUUUAUGUUGAAAUAAAUGUAGUCAACUCACUUCAAAGUCAGCAGGUGUGUCACACAACUAUUCAUACAUAUUAUUACUAAUAAUGAAUUAUUUUCAUUGCUAAAGUGAUGGUCUCAAGCAUAAAUAUCAACUUUCUUUCCUGUUUGUUCUUUAUGACUUUUAUGACUGUGGUUUAUUGUAGCACUUCCUGUAAAACUGUGGAUUCUGCAGCCAUUUUUCCCUAACAUAAUUUUAACUUCUGUGAGUAAUUCCUGUAACCUCUACUGGCUCACUGAAUUCAACAGGCUCCAACCUGCUAGUUGUGGCCUCUAGCAAUCAUUCUGUAGAAAUCCCCAAUGUGCCUUGACAAAAGCAAAGCAAUCAGCAAAACAAAUGCAAUUUUGCAUUAAAUGUUACUCAUCUUUCUGCACGUGGUUUGUAUGGCAGUGGAAAUGAUGAGACAGUCAUGUUCCAUAACAGAAAGAAAUUUCUUCUUUGAAGAACCUGGUGGAAGAUAAACCCUGUACAAUAGUUAGGUUGAGUAUAGGCAGCCAAAAUCAAUGAGAUUAUUAAUGUGUGCAAAAACUGUUGAUUAACAGUUGUCAAAUUCACACCAAAGUGAAGAAACUACAUAAGGGGCUUAUUUUAAUCAGUAACUACUCCUAUUUGAUCUCUUAUGUAGAAUAAUAUACUCAGUUGUACAAGGAGUAUAAUUACAUAACUAAAUACUGAAAAGUGUAUACUCAAAUAAGAAUAGUUUUGAAUAAACUCUUUGAAUGCUUUCACACGUUUAAGAAGUGUUGAAAUAUUAUUUUUCACUAAAUGUGCAUGAAGAGAUGUGUGCUUCUUUGUAAAUAUUUGUAAAUAGAAAAAAAUCCAAUGUGCAUUUCAUUACAUGGAAAGAUAUUUUUAGAACAUGUGGAUUUUUAACUUCUCAUUCUUAACAGUUCUUUAAAAUACUGUGUUCAAAAGUUUUGCCAGCAUCCAUCACAGUAUGUUUUCCCAUUGGAAUUUACACUUUGUAUAAUGUUUUUGUCCGGCAACUCCAGAUAGAAGGACUCCUAUCUUCACAUGAGUGACAGAUGGCUUCGGAGCAAAGAGGGAGGAAAAAUGAAAAGAGUGCUUUUCAAAUAUAUGUAUAUUGUGUAUAUAUUUCUUUCCUUAAUUUAACCAAAUUGGUCUUUUUUAUAUUGCCUGUGGCAAGCAAUGUUGUACAUGCCAACAGAAAACAUACACUACCACUGCAUUUUGACUGCCCACAUAUCACAUCUAAGGACUUACAGUGCUGUUUUAAAUGAUCCUUUAAAGAAUGUAAAUUAAAACCUUGUAUAAAUU